AUGGGAACGGCUGAGCGCAAAGAGAGAAGAGUUGCGGAUCGUUUUCAAGUAUGUCCCCAUUUCAGGGAAGAAUUCGAAGAAGAACAGCGUCAGAUGAAGGAAAAGCUGGUUGAACUGGAGAAUGAGAACAUCGUUUUGAAAAAGAGGCUGAGCGAAAAUGGUACAGAUCUCUUCGAAAUGCGAUCGAAGCUGAGUAAAGUAGCAGCUUUGGAGGAGGAAUUACAGUUUGCCAGUGAGAAAUUGCGCAGAGAGGUAGAAGAGAACCAUCGUCUAUCGCGGUCGAGAUAUGAGGCGGAUCGUCUCAAGGAGGAAAAUGUUUAUCUUAAAGAAGAAAUUGAGCGGUUGACGGCUACUACUCGGCAGCAAAAUGCAGCUAUCCCUGCGCAGAGCUCUUCAAAACCAUCAGAAGACUCACAACAGUUGAAAAUCAAAGAGCUCAAGACUAUAAUAAGAAUGAUGAGUGAAAACUACGACGAUUUCUGCCGAUCUUUGAAGAGAAAUGGGAAUCUCUAUAGCAGCCCCGUGAAAGUUGCAAAGGAAGUUGCAGGACUACGUCUUAAUCAUGAUAUUCCCAACACCGCCGAACAAGUGCCAAAAGUGGAGGAACAGCACACGCGGGACGAAGUGACACCUAGAGCAGUAGCUGCGGCUGGUAGAGAUUCUGUGCAAGAGAUUGUGCAAGAACCUCCACCAAAACCGACUGAAUUACCCUCCAGUAACGAUACACCAUUUGAAGUUGAGGACGUGCAAGUGGACAAGCCGGGAGCUUCGGAGGACGAAAUAGACUGGUAAUA